AUGUAUGGUAAAUUAAAAAGGCAUUUUACUACUAAACACGGACAUUUGUUAAAUAAAGACAAAACUUAUUUUAGCCGCUUAUUAUCAUCAAAUGUAAAACAAUCAAAACAAUUGGAAAAACUUACAAAUAUAUCCGAUAAAUCUCAAAUUGCUAGUUAUAAAGUUGCUGAAUUAAUAGUUAAAAAAAUGCAGCCUCACACUAUAGCUGAAAAUUUAAUAUUACCAGCUUGCAAAGAAAUUGUAAAAUCCAUGUUAGGUGAUAGUGCUGAGAAGGAAGUUUCUCGUGUUCCAUUAUCAAAUAACAUAAUAUCUCGACGAAUUGAUGAUAUGUCUUCCGACAUUCAAAAACAUGUCUCUGAAAUUUUAUGUGAUGACCGAAAAUUUUCAUUACAAAUUGACGAAUCGACCGAUAUUAGUCAAAAAUGUCAAUUAUUAAAUGGAACUCCUGCAAUGACUGACAAAUUUAAAGGCUUUGUUUCGAAAUUAAAACAAAAUUUUCCAAAUAUUAUUUCAACCCAUUGUUUUAUACAUCGUGAAGCUUUGAUGAUUAAAUCGAUUCCAGGUGAGCUUAAAAAUGUUCUUGAUUUGGUAAUUAAAAUGGUAAAUUAUAUUAAAUCAAGAGAUCUUAAAACACGAAUUCUCAAAAAAAUGUGUGAAGAAGCUGGUUCUCGUUAUGAAGUUUUAGUUUUACAUACUCAAAUUCGAUGGUUAUCAAAAGGUAAAGAUGAAAACAUAUUAACAUCGUAUGAUAAAUUAAAUGGGUUUUUACGGAAAAUUAAUCUUUGGAUAUCACACGUAGAAAAAAAACAACUGCAAAUGUUUCCAUUAACAGCAAAUGUUGAUCCAGAUGGAGAAGUAACAUCUGAUUUGAUAAUAAAUCAUCUUAUAAUUUUAAAAGAAAAAAUCUGUUGCUCCGUGACUGUUAUCCGCAACACACGUAUCAAUUACACAUGCACGUAG